AUGCGGGAUCAGAAACCGAUGCAGGAUGCGAUUUUGCACAGAGAGAUGAGGAAGAACCUUGACAGCGAGCGAGCAAGAGCUGGUGAAGGAACCCAGAGAGUGAAAGCCAUAUGCCCAGAUGCUGGUGCUGCUGCACUUCUCAAUCAUGGGUUCCAUUUCACUAUGCAUAUUGAAGAUGUUGAAGCAAAUUUUGUCACUCAAGAUGAGUGGUUCCCUAUCAUCAGAUUGGGCGACAGGAAGCCAGUUGAUAGCGAAGAUGAGGUUGUGGUUAUGCUUGUUCCUGAUUACCAAAUGGUCUCAUCAGUGGAGAAAAUCACAGCCAGUCUUUCAGACGAUCUGCCAAGGCAACUAAUCAUGUGGAAUUCAUGCCUCAUUAGUGAAGAUGUUGGAGUAGGGAUCAAUGUUCGCAACCUCAGGCGCUACUUCUCGAACACUUUAAACACAGUGACCACUGCCAGAAGGUGCUGUCUUCAGGUGUUAUCGACGAUUGUGGAAUGUGUUUUUUGA